AAUUAAGCUCGUGUGUGUGUGUGUGUGUGUGUGUGUGUGUGUGUGUGUGUGUGUGUGUGUGUAUUAAGAUGAUUCUUCGACUCGUGGUGGUCAUAACGCUGCCAGCCGCCGAAGUCAUAGCCAUGCGCGCCCUUCACCUGCUGCUCUGUCUGGUGCCCCUAAUGCCGCACCUCGCCCUCUGCUACCCUGACUACGUGCCCCAGUCCGCCUGUGAUUGGCUGGCACCCUGGCACGAGCCCUACACGGAUCCUGCAGAAGGCCCCGCUCCUUACAAACUGAGGAUCUACCAUAGUCAAGCCCCUGCCGGCAUCCCUGUUCCUGUGAGCGUGGUGGGGUCGCAGCCUUUCCUCGGGUUCAUGGUGCAGGCGCAUGAUGCAGGCAGCGGACAGGCCGUAGGGUCUUGGCAGGUCACCCCACACAUCCCCGCCACCACCAUGACCUGUAGCAAUCCGGACAACACUGUGACUCACAACAGCAGGGUGAGCAAGCAACUAGUGCCCCUGGCCUGGCUGCCUCCUAAGGGUUACAACGGCACGGUGUUCUUCAAGGGGACAGUAGUGGCGACCUACACCACAUAUUGGACAGACAUCGCCUCCGCGCCCUUCAGAGUAGUGUCCGUGUAACCACCUGGCGCCGUGUGUGACCUCCCUGCGGUGGCCCACAACACUCACUCACCCGCUAUUUUUUUUUUUUUCUUUCAUUUACUUAUAUUCUGGAUCCCUCCUCUUGGUUCAUGUUGAUAUUUUGUAUGACUUAAUUAGUUGUGAAAUUAACAUUGUUUUUAUUGUUAUUAUUAUUAUUAUUAUUAUUAUUAUUAUUAUUAUUAUUAUUAUUAUUAUUAUUAU